CUUGUGACAAUGUCUGGAAGAGGAGGAAAGGGGGGAGGGAAAGUUCGCUCCAAGGCGAAGUCUCGGUCGUCCCGGUCUGGCCUGCAGUUCCCGGUGGGCCGUGUUCACAGGCUCCUGAGAAAGGGUAACUAUGCUGAGCGUGUGGGUGCCGGAGCGCCGGUCUACCUGGCUGCGGUGCUGGAGUAUCUGACGGCUGAAAUCCUGGAGCUGGCCGGCAACGCGGCCCGGGACAACAAGAAGACCCGCAUCAUCCCCAGGCACCUGCAGCUGGCCGUGCGCAACGACGAGGAGCUCAACAAGCUGCUGGGAGGGGUGACCAUCGCUCAGGGCGGGGUGCUGCCUAAUAUCCAGGCCGUGCUGCUGCCCAAGAAAACCGCCGCUGCUGGAUCCGCUAAAAAGUGAA